UUACUAUAAAUAAGAGAAACAUUUGGAUAAGCAAUAGAAAGAAGAGAGGAGAGGAGAAGGAAGAGCAAAUAAAGGAAGAAAUGAGAGAAAGAGGAAACUUGUGAGAGCACUCCUGAAUGGUCUGGCUUGAAGCCUCCUGAAAAAGGUGACCAUGGCAUCAGCAGAGCACAUGGAGGCCCCCAUAUGUCUGGUAGAAAACAAGAAUGAAAAACUGAUGGUAAACCAGCAAGCCCUACAGAUUCUAACUUCCAUUACCAAGCCAGUGGUGGUAGUAGCUAUUGUUGGCCUGUACCGUACUGGAAAAUCCUACCUGAUGAACAGACUGGCAGGAAAGAAUGUAGGCUUCUCCCUUGGUUCCACUGUGCAGUCUCACACAAAGGGCAUCUGGAUGUGGUGUGUCCCUCACCCCAGCAAACCAGACCAUGCCUUAGUUCUGCUUGAUACUGAGGGCCUUGGAGACGUGGAAAAGGAUGACUCUGAGAAUGACUGCUGGAUCUUCGCCCUGGCCAUCCUGCUGAGCAGCACUUUUGUCUACAACAGCAUGAGCACCAUCAACCACCAGGCCUUGGAGCAGAUGCAAUAUGUGACAGAGCUGACAGAGCUCAUCAAGGUCAAAUCCUCACCUAAUGCUAUUGGAAAAGACUCAGCAGAGUUUGUGGGCUUCUUUCCAGACUUUGUGUGGACUGUGCGGGAUUUCACCCUGGAGCUUGAGCUAGACGGCCACCCCAUCACCCCAGAUGAAUACCUGGAAAAUGCCUUGAAACUCAGUAAAGGCAAGAAUCCCAAAGUUCAAAGGGCCAACCUUCCUCGAGAGUGCAUCAGAAAAUUCUUUCCAAAACGGAAGUGUUUUACUUUUGACCGUCCAACAAAUGAUAAGGCCCUCUUAACUCAUCUUGAAGAUGUCCAAGAAAGCCAGCUGGAGCCCGCAUUCAAGGAUCAGGCAGACAACUUCUGCUCUUACAUCUUUUCCAAUGCAAAAACCAAGACCCUUAGUGGGGGAAUCAUAGUCAAUGGGAAUCGGCUGGGAAGACUGCUAGAGAUCUAUGUGAAGACGAUCUAUAGUGGAGACAUUCCCUGCCUGGAGAACGCAGUGUUGGCAUUGGCUCAGAUUGAGAAUUCAGUUGCUGUGCAAAAAGCUACCAACCAUUACGUAGAGCAGAUGGCCUUAAAGGUAGACUUGCCCACGGAAACUCUCCAGGACUUGAUAAACCUACAUACAGACUGUGAGAAAGAAGCCAUCUCAAUUUUCAUGAAGCAUUCUUUCAAGGAUGACACACACAAGUUCCAGGAGGAACUGGUGCAAAUCUUAGAAAAUAAGAAGAAUGGUUUCAUACGUCAAAAUGAGGAACAUUCAAUCAGAUAUUGUGAAAUUAAGCUCAACUACCUCUCACAGACAUUGAUGGAAUCCAUUUCUCAAGGCAUCUUCUCUGUACCAGGGGGUUACAAGCUCUACAGGGAAGAGAGAGAAAAAAUAAUGAACCAUUACCAUCAAGUACCCAAGAAAGGGAUAAAGGCAGAUGAGGUCCUCCAAAGGUUUCUACGGUCACUGGAGAUGACAGGAGAAUCCAUCCUGCAGACAGAUCAAGCUCUCACUGAACAAGAGAAGGCCAUGGAAGUUGAACAGUUCAAAAAAGAUGCAGCUGAGAAGGAGAAGAAGAUGUUGGAACAGCAACUAAUGGAAAUGCAGCAAAAGAUGGAAGCUCAGCAGAGAAGUUAUGAAGAAAACAUUAAGCAAUUGGAAAUUAAGAUGAUGGAACACAGGACCCAGAUCCUGAGAGAACAGGAGAUGAUUCUGGAACAUAAGAUAAAGGAACAAAAGAAGUUGAUGGAGGAAGGGUUUCAUAAGAAAGCUGAAGAGAUGGAGAGAGAGAUAGAAAACCUACAAACAAACAUUAAGUCUGCUGAGAGUACAAAUUUUUCCUGGUGGACCUCAAUUUUAGAUGCUAUUAGCACUCGAAUGAUGGCCUUAUUACCCGGUGCAAGAAAACUCUUCAGAGGAGGGAAAAAGGCAGUGAGCCAACCUACAUAAUAAUAAAAUGGGUUUCAAUUUCUCAAAAGAAAAUUAA